AUGGUCAAUCUAGGUCGGUCAUGGGGCUGCGGUAUGUGCAAGCAGCGCCGUAUCAAAUACGAUGAGAGUGAGCCUGCCUGCAAGAGAUGCACCAAAUCCGGAUAUGCCUGCCCGGGCUACGAAGUGGAGAAGCCACUAAGGAUCAGGUUCAAGGACGAAACGGCGUUAGUGGUGCAUCGGUUGGGAUCCGGCCCACCGCAUGCUCCCGCACCGGCCGCAAUACACGAGGACUUCGAGACGCAAGCCCUGAAUUUCUUCGUCAAUAACUUUGCGACUGCUGGAAGAGACUCGGUUUCCAGCCGAGGGCUGUGGGAGAGCGUGGCUCCUACUAUAAGUGCGUUACCAGCCACUUCCCCGGUUGCGGACGCGGCUACCGCAGUUGGCGGGAUCCUGUUCAACGUGUGGCGGUUACACAGAAAUGGUGUAUAUGCAAGGAAUCCAGCGUUCAACCGUGCCAUUAUUGGCCUUCGGAAACGGCUAGGAUCAGGACCAUUCGAUGGAUCCGAGAUUCUGAUGACUAUACUACUCCUGCAGUUCCAUGAGAAUAUCGCCGCCGUAUUCGGCUUACGUGCCGCAUCCCGAAUGCAUUACAAUGGAGCUCUUGCGCUGAUCCGGAGCCUCCCAAUAGAGAGUUUCUCCACUGUGGCGUCGCGAGGUCUGCUGCUCAACGUUCUCAACAUCGAAGUCUCGUUAGCGAUUCGCGAAUGUCAACCCGUCGAUCCAGGUCUGAUACCCUGGUUCGCUUCAUUGCCGUACACAUUGCCUCGAACCCCAGCAAUGAAGCUUAACUGGAUUGGGGUUUCAGUCGCAAAUAUCCAGCACAGCUUUGCGGUCCUCCUGAACAGCCAUCCACGCUGCUCUGGGAGGCAAUGUCCACACGAGACUGAGAUCACUACGAUUUACGACGCGAUCCUCGAUUUCCAGGAGGCAUCUUCCGAAUGGCUGAGGAACGUUCCAAAACACUGGCUGCCGCAGAAAUGGACACCUUCGACCAACAUGCCGAAAACGCAUAUUCCCAUGUACCAAGAAACAUGCGAGAUUUACCCUUCGGUCCAGGUCGCUUCCGUCUACAACACGUAUCGCGGCUAUCAACUCAUUAUUAACAAGAUGUUGAGCAUCAUGCAAACGCAUAGCUGGCUUCAGCCUCACAUGGGCCCGCAAAAUCCUAGUGAAACCAUCCAGUCGGUUGUGGACUCCAUGUGCUACUCCAUCCCCUUCUACCUCGGCAACCGUGAUGAUGUUCACUACAUUACGGAUCUCACCCAACCAAAACCGCAAUGGGUGUACCCUGCAUACCACAAUAUGCAGGAUCCACCAAUUGCACAGGAACAUAUGCUCCCCGAAGACAUACACAUGAAACACGCCACAGCAUACGGCGCAUGGCAUUCCAUGUACCCACUCUCGAUGCUCCUCGGGAUAUUCGGAAACCACGCAGGCUACGACUGCGACUGCUUGACGCGAACAAUUCGUCCAGGUCAGCUCGCCUGGAUUGGGACUCAACUCUUCCGCAUGAUGAAGAUGUACGCCAUAGAUCAGGGUGUGGGCGUGGUGCCAGAGAACCCUGAGGAAUGCGCGAAGACUGUGCGUCGCGCUUUGAGGUCCGUAUACCAAGAGUGCUUCAACCAGUCGCUGGGCUUUCCAGACGAUGAGGGAAGCCUCAACAGUCCUAUCCGCGGCUUGGGCAGCUACUUGAAGAUGCCUGAUUUAGUCUGGGAUCAGCAGCGUGCUGUCAAUGUGAAGAAGUAG